AUCACCAACUUAAAUAUCUAUCUAUCUUCUAUUCUUCUUUGUAAUUUUAUAUCUUUUCAAUUCCAUCAAUCAUCAUCAUGUCAAGUGCUCAACAACACAUCUCUACAGCCCAAGCUGGCCAAAACCAGGAUCUUUUGGACUCCACAAAGCAAACAGCCUCAGCAGCUGCAGAUAAGGCUCAUGCAGCUGCUAACACAACAGGACAGGCUCGAGAGGAAAACCAGCAGCAAGCUGCUGGUUUUCUCCAACAGACCGGAGAGCAAGUGAAGAGCAUGGCUCAAGGUGCUGCGGACAGCGUGAAGCACGCCCUUGGCAUGGACGGCAACAGCAACAACAGCAACGCUGCCUCAGACAACUCUGCCUCCAGCGGCAACACCGCCUCGACCGGCCACACCGCUGCUGCCGGCCACACUGCAUCUGCCAAUGCCGCCUCCGCCAGAAAGUAAACUAGGACAUCUUGAUUCAUUUGUGAAUGAUGUCAUAUAAAUAUUAUUAUUUGACAAAGUUGAUACACUUACCGAAGGUGCAUCACCUCCCUAGCAUAGAUAAACUAGUAUAGACAAUUCCUUAUGUUUUAAAUUACUAUCAUUUAUGCAUGCUUAAAAGGGGUACAAUCAAAUACCGAUGAAUGGAAUAAAAAAAAUGUCCUUAUGACCGAAUAACCGAACUAUUAAUACAAGGUAAUGCACUUCGGCUUGAAAAACGCAAGUCACUUACCAAAGGAUGAUGCACAAAUUAAACACAAAGUAUUCAGAGUAAAUAGGAGACAUUCUCAUAGUCCAUGCCCGGCCACAAUGCAUUAUGCAUGUGUCGGAUGUGUGAUGAAAUCGAACCUCAAAAAUUUGCGGCAAAUUUUAGGGCCUCAAAAUUUUGAGGUCCUAUAAUAAUAUUUAUAUAUUAUCAAUGUUCACAAAGUAUCAAAUGUGCAUUAAUAGAUUAAUGGUAGAAUAUAUGAUGUUUGUGUAUGCAAGGUCCUAAGUUCAAAUGCCAACAUUGUUAUUUUUAUUAUGUAUAAUUUUAGUUAUAGUUAUUUCAAAUUAAAUUAAAAUCAAUAAAGUUUUUAAAAAGAAUUGAAA